GGGGUGGAGCCUCCUGGUCUUUCUGAUUCCUCCUUUGGCCCCGCUUGGGCAGAGAUGUACAAAGGCUCCUCCAUUCCCACCUCCUAGCAGGAAAGUUCAAGCAGAGCUGCAGGGCCCACACACAGGGUCCCCUCCCACUACCCCAGGCCAAGCAGGAGGGCCAGGGCUCCUGGUGGAGUCAGGAUGCCCGACUGGUUCUCCUGGUUUCAGUGGCCAGCCCUGGGAGAGGCUUGUACUCAGGCGGGCUCUAGGGCACAAUUAUUUCUCAUCUUGACUCUUGCCACCUGCCAGCCCACAGGCUGGGGAGGUAAAGGCAGGUCUGAGUCACUAGUGAGGGGGAGGGUAGGCAUUAAACGAGUGCUGGCCUGGGCAUCCUCAAAGAAGGCCUGUCGCUGGGACAGAAAGACAGCAGACGGAAGACCCAUGUGGAAGCCAAGGACAUAGCUGUCCUGCUGAGAGCACAGCGACACACCCUUGGAGACCGUGACCUCACGACAGUGGCCCUUGGCCCUCCACCUCUGGCUGGGGCGGGGGCCGCCCAUCUCCAAGUCCUCCGCCAUGAUGACGUCAGCGCUGCGACGACAGGUGAAGAACAUCGUGCACAACUACUCGGAGGCAGAGAUCAAGGUGCGUGAGGCCACCAGCAAUGACCCCUGGGGUCCACCUAGCUCGCUCAUGUCCGAGAUUGCCGAUCUGACCUUCAACACGGUGGCGUUUGCCGAAGUCAUGGGCAUGCUGUGGCGGCGGCUCAAUGACAGUGGCAAGAACUGGCGGCAUGUCUACAAGGCGCUGACGCUGCUGGACUACCUGCUCAAGACAGGGUCUGAACGGGUGGCCCACCAGUGCCGAGAGAACCUCUACACCAUCCAGACACUCAAAGACUUCCAGUACAUCGACCGCGAUGGCAAAGACCAGGGCGUGAACGUGCGUGAGAAGGUCAAGCAGGUGAUGGCCCUGCUCAAGGACGAAGAGCGUCUUCGGCAGGAGCGCACCCAUGCCCUCAAGACCAAGGAGCGCAUGGCAUUGGAGGGCACGGGCAUCAGCAGUGGGCAACUGGGCUUCAGCCGCACCCGUGGUUCCCCGUCCUCCUACAACUCCUCCUCCUCAUCCCCCCGCUACACCUCAGACCUGGAGCAGGCCCGGCCUCAGACAUCGGGAGAAGAGGAGCUGCAGCUACAGCUAGCCUUGGCCAUGAGCCGCGAGGAGGCUGAAAAGCCGGUUCCCCCAACCUCCCACAGGGACGAGGACUUGCAACUGCAGCUGGCUCUGCACCUGAGCCGGCAGGAGCAGGAGAAGGAGGUGAGGUCCUGGCAGGGAGAUGACUCACCUGUGGCCAAUGGUGCUGGAGCUGGAGCCCAUCGUCGUUGGGACAGAGAGCCUGGAAGAGGAGAGAGAGAGGAGGAGGAGAAGCUGAAAACCAGCCAGUCCUCCAUCCUCGACUUGGUGGACAUCUUCGCAUCAGCUUCAACCCUGCCUUCCACACACUGCUCUGCUGACCCAUGGGACAUCCCAGGUCUCAGGCCUAACACAGAGCCCAGUGGCUCAUCAUGGGGGCCUUCGGCAGACCCCUGGUCUCCAGUUCCCUCAGGAAGUAUCAUGUCCCAAAGUCAGCCCUGGAACUUGCCCCCUGUGCUCUCCUCCUCCGAGCCCUGGGGCCGGACCCCAGUGCUGCCUGCUGGACCACCCACCACAGACUUCUGGGCACAGAACUCCCCCCACCACAAACUCCCCAACAAUGGAGACAACCCCUGGGGGAACCUAGCAGAGACCUUCAACACACCUGCACUAAAAGAUGGUUCUUCGACCUUUGACCCAUUGGCCAAGCCUCCAGUAUCCACAGAGACCAAGGAAGGGCUAGAAUGCACCCAGGCUCUGCCCUCUGGGAAGCCCAGCAGUCCUGUGGAGCUGGACCUGUUUGGAGACCACACCCCCAGUGUAAAGCAAAAUGGCACAAAGGAGCCAGAUGCCUUUGACCUGGAUGGACUAGGGGAAGCACUAGCCGAGUCCAGCAGGGACACCCCAGCACGUCGGACACCCGAGUCCUUUCUGGGCCCCUCAGCCUCCUCCUUGGUCAACCUUGAUUCAUUAGUCAAGGCGCCCCAGGCUGUAAAGACCCGGAACCCCUUCCUAACAGGUCUCAGCACUCCAUCCCCUACCAACCCGUUUGGCGGGGGCGAGCAAAGCAGGCGGACUCUGAACCAGAUGCGCACAGGAUCGCCAGCGUUGAGCCUGACCGCCGGUGGGCCGAUCGGGGCGCCCUUUGGCUCCAUGACCUACAGUGCCUCCCUGCCCCUCCCGCUCAGCAGCGUGCCGGCCGGCGUGACCCUCCCUGCCUCGGUCAGCGUCUUCCCCCAAGCCCGCGCCUUCACGCCGCCGCCCUCCGGGAGCCUGCCGCAGCCUCUGCUGCCCACCUCGGGCUCCGCUGGACCGCUCCACCAGACCCCUCUGACCGAUACCAAUCCUUUCCUCUGAGCAACGGCCCCGCCCCCGGCCGCCGGCGCUUGCGCGCGAUGCCCCGCCCCCGCCCUGAGCGAAUUACACUGGUCCCCGCCCCCUGGCGCGGGGCGGGGCGGAGCUUCCAUGCCAGGACCCGCCCAGGGAAGGAAGGAAAGUUGAGACUCCUCCCAGAGACCGGUCGGGACGCUGCCCCUAGCUUCCACGGACGCUUUGCAGCUCCUGGAGCUGGAGACUUCACUGGGGCAGAGACCACGCCCCGUAAUAAAGACUGGAAUCCAUGUCCUCAGCUCUCACCAAGUGAACUUUUUGCCGGGCGUGGCGGCCAGGUCUGGACCACAGCUUGAAUCACUGGCUACCCUGGAAACGACUGCUCCACGAUGUGGGGCACAAAAAUGCUCCCACUUCCCAUACAGCCCCCUCAGCCUAGCACCUUCUCUUGUCCAUGCUCCUGAGACCCUCUCUCAGUCAUUUGAUCAUUUCAUCCAUUUAUUACACAGCGGCACGGGGAAUAAUCUAAAAGCAAAGAACAAUAGGCAGUUGUUCCCUUGCACAAUCAUUAUGUGCUAAGCACCUUAGACAGAUUAUUUCAUUUAAUCCUUGCAUCAGUAUUCUGAGGUAGAUAAUAUUACUCCCAUUCAGGACUGGCUACAUAAUUAGUGCAAAGUAAAAAUGUGGGGCCCCUUGUUAAAAAUUGGGUUAAACAUAUCAAAAUGGGAGCAGCAAAGCAUUAGACCAAGGGCAAAGCCCUUGGCCCUGCUCCUUCUUUAUAGGUGAGGUUCAGAGAGGUUAAGCAGUGUGCUUAAAGUCACAAAGCUAGCAGAGUAGGGCUGGGAUUCCAAGUCAGGAGACUUGGCUCCACUGCUCUGAGCUUCCAUCCUGGGCCCCAGUAUUCACAAGUAUUGACUGGCUGCUGUGGACAAAGCACUGGGCUCAUCUCGGGAGGGACUCAAGAAUUGCUAAGUGCACAGUCUCCAGGAGCUCAGAAUCCACAGGGGCAAGCCUGGUCCAGGAGCCCCCACAAUCCUUUGUUUUACUGAGCCACCUUAAAUCUGGGUCUUCUCUCCUCUCUUCACCAGGACUGGCAAAAAACUCAAUUUCAACCAUGACCCCUCCUAGGGGGCUGGUGUAGAUCAGAAACCCAGGGGAGGAGCAGAGCCUAUUACCUCAUCCUGAGGGCCACCAUAGUCACCCUCAUUCCUUUUCUACUCAAUGCUCCCCCCAACCAUGGGCACUGGUGUGUCUUCAGUGCUCAGGGGCUGGCCCUGCAGGCAGCAGGCCUUUUGGGGGCCUGAGGUAAAAUGUCCUUCCAUAGGCCAGAAAGAGCAAAGUUGAGGGGAGGAAAAGUGCUGGUUUUCUUCCUAAGGUGGGGGUGGGGCAAGGAGCUGAUUUGCUUUUUGGAGGGAGGCAGUCCUACUGUAGCUGCUACAGACAGGGUGGACAAGAGCAUCUACUUAGGAGUAGGACUGACAGCGUUCAAAACUGCUCUAAGGUUUCCACUUAAUCACUUGUAAUAAGUGGUUAUGCUCUUUGACCUUGAGUAAAUAACUUAACCUCUCUA